AUGCGUGAUUUUGACAUUGCAAGCUUCCGAGACCGACCACUUAAAUUAAAGAAAAAGAAGAAACAAAAGACCAACCCAGGAGUAAAAAAAAGAGUAAAAGAUUCCUUUGUCGAUUACUUGGAGAAAAGCUUAGAUUCUGAAUCUGAUAAAAGUAGUUCAGAAGAUGACAAUGAGAGAAUUAGAAAAGACGCUAGCAGAGCGCAGGUCGCUUCCUCAUCGUCGCCCGAGCUGAGAAAGGAAUCAUUUGAAAACAUUCAACAGGAUUCGCAAUCAAGUCUGGAAAGAUUUAAACAGAACGAAGAUAUAUCUCAACAAGUUCAAUCUACUCCUGAUACUGAGGGAAUUAUGCUUUUGUCUGACGAAGAAGCUAGUGAGCCUACACAAAUGACUGUACAAUCCUCGCCGUACUCACGAUCUCAAUCUCAAUCUCAAUCUCAAUCACAAUCUCAAUCUCAAUCACAAUCGCAAUCGCAAUUGCAAUUACAAUUACAAUUACAAUUACAAUCACUAUUACAAUCUCAAUCUCAAUCUCAAUCUCAAUCUCAAUCUCAAACUCAAUUGGAAUCCCAAACAUCACUACCACAAACACCUACCAAUGAUAAAAACGAUAUAAAAUCACAGACUGAGUAUACGGACGAUCUUGAUGAUCUUGAUCCAGAGCUUGCCAGAAUUGCCCAGAGUACUGAUAUAUCAUUGGCAGAGAUAAAUAACAAGUCUGUAGAACAAAAGGAAGAACAAAAACUUCGACCUCAAAAGAUCCGGAUUAAAAUCCAAUAUAUCAAUACAGCAAAAUCUACAGAUGAUGCUGCUAAAGGACUUGUUCAAAUGCUUCAAAAACCAGUACGCUUUGUAAUAAUGGAGAAUGAUAAAUUUGAAACCCUAUUUCGACAUUUUUGCAAACGCAAAUUUUUAAAGCAAGAAGACUUAAUAUUGACUCAUAAAAAUGUUCAUGUACUUCUUUUCGCAACUCCUGCAAGUCUUGGGAUGUCAUCUAAUGUGGAAAACACGCUAGAGGUAUACACAAGGGCUGGAUAUGACGAAAAAUUAAAGCAAGAUAGAGAGAAAAGACUGGAAAAUCAGAAAAAAGCAGGGCCGUUACUUAAUGAAGACUUCUUUAAUGGCUAUCGGGCUCAAGCGGAACCAAAGGAAGACGAAAGUGAUCAAGGAAAAAUGCUGUUAACGUUACGUGACAAGGAAAAUGUCGAUAUAAGUUUACGAGUGAAACAGACAACACAAAUCAAAGCCAUAAUUCAUCAGUAUUGCCAUAUACGAGGAUUUGGACCGGAAAUAGAGUCUAAAGUUCGGCUCUCAUUUGAUGACGAAACACUUGAUCCUAAUACAAUAGUGAAAGACCACGAACUUGAAGAUGAUGACAUGCUUUCGGUCCGAAUAACCGUCUCGGAAGUUGCAUUGAUCACUCAGCUACAAAUCGUUGGAUAA